UAUAAUCUACGUCGAAUAAUUUUUAUAUCAACUUAAUGUCCACCUUGAUGUAUCUUUUAGUUUAACGCUCACAAUGUAAGUGUUAUUAGAAGGAGAAGUGAUCACCUCUAAAGACUAUACAUUAUUAUAUUAUCUAGUGCUCGUUGACAGAUCACUAUUUACCGUCAAUUAUUUGAUUUUUUUAAUCCGUUCGUUCUAAUUCUUUUCAUACUUCUUUUUAAAAAUUCUUUUACGCUAAUCUUCAGUACAAUGCAGUCUCAUCCAUUGUUUGAUGGAGCAUUUCAAUGCCUAUUACCGACGAAUGUAGUUGAUGCCAGUGAUUUACGUCAAAUUCCUGAUAACCAAGAAGUAUUUGUUCAUCCGUCAACCUCUCAAAGUAUCACUAUAGAUAUUUUGGAAUACGUGGAUGCUAGUAAUCAUGAAGAUGCAGCAAGAAUGCAUUUUAAUGAAAUCGGUGCAGCUAAUGAAGCUACAGAUUCAAACAUUUCUUCUCUAAGAACUGUGUCACUACAUAAUCCAGAUCCUUAUUGUUCUUCUGUCGUUUUAUUAUCUGGACAGCAAAAAGUGUCCAAGUUUAAUCAAUCCAAUGAAGAUGUUGUAUUCAUUUACAUGGCUUUAUAUAGAUAUACACAAUUCCAAGCGGAUGUAUUAGUUAUUGUCAAUAAUCCUGAUGGUGAAGAUGGUAGUAUCAUUCAUUCACCUUCAUCAGGUCACGAUCAAGUUCAUUUCACGUCCCAAAAUAAUAACAAUAAUGAUACUAGCUAUUCUACAGAUUUAAUAUGGUCACAAGAUGAAAUAAACACAAUACUACCUUCUUUACGUCUAAUAAAUGCAAAUGUUUUUGCAUCAUAA